CCUCCUGCUCCUCGUUCUCUUUGGCGGCCAGCGCCGCCCCCCGGCCGGGCCAUGCUUCUCCGCCUUCUCUCGCUGGGGCCCCGCUGCGGGUGGCGCUGCUUCUCCCGUCCGCCCGCCCAGAGCCCUUUGGCCGUUGCCAGGUCCUGGGCCAGCCAUGCCCGCUCUGGCUCCUUGGGGGCUCCUGCCUCCGGCCGCCUGGCCCAGCCCUCCACCUGGCCGGCCGCCCGGCUCCUUCCCCGCUGCCUCCGCCGGCGCCUCCGCCCCACUGGCCGCCUGGCCGCUGCCGCUCUGGCCGCUCCGGCCCUGGUGGGGCUGGGGGCCGCCUUCUGCACCAGGGUCCUCUGCCAGGACGCCAAGCGGAUCGAGGUGAUCUGCGUGGCCCCCCCGGUCGAGAAGGAGCCCGACUUCGACUGGGCCAUGUUCUGGACCUUCCUGCGCCCACAGUUCCUGGCCCUCACAGCCGCCAUGUUGUUUGCACUGGGGGCCGCCCUCCUCAACGUCCAGAUCCCGCUCCUCCUGGGCAAGUUGGUGAACGUGGUGGCGCAGCACAUGCGUGUGUCCGAAUACCUGCGCGUGGUGCGCGAACCUGCCAUGCGGCUCCUGAGCAUCUAUGGCCUCCAGGGGGUAUUGACCUUUGGGUACAUCCUGCUGCUCUCCUGGAUCGGGGAGAAGGUGGCCAACAGUAUGCGCAAGCAGCUCUUUGCUUCCUUAAUCAGGAAGGAGAUAGCUUUCUUUGAUGCCAACCAGACGGGGCAGCUGGUGAAUCGCCUGACGGCCGACAUCCAGGAGUUCAAGUCCUCCUUCAAGCUCGUCAUCUCUCAGGGCCUCCGCAGCCUGACCCAGACGGUGGGCUGCUUUGUCUCCCUCUACAUGAUCUCCCCGAAGCUGACGGGGCUCCUGGUGGUGGUGAUGCCCUUCCUGGUGGGCGCUGGGGCCUUCAUCGGCUCCUCCCUGCGCAAGCUCUCCCGCCGGGCCCAGGAGCAGGUGGCCAAGGCCACUGCUGUGGCAGAUGAGGCGCUGGGCAACGUGCGGACGGUGCGGGCCUUCGCCAUGGAGCCCAAGGAAAUCGAGCAAUAUUCCGCAGAGGUUGACCAGUCCAGCCGCCUCAACAUGAACCUGGGCAUGGGCAUUGCCCUUUUCCAGGGCCUCUCCAACAUUGCCCUCAACUGCAUUGUGCUGGGCACCAUCUUUGUGGGUGGCUCCCUCAUGGCUGGUGAAGAGAUAACGCCUGGAGACCUCAUGUCCUUCUUGGUGUCUUCGCAGACAGUGCAAAGGUCCAUGGCAAGCAUGUCCAUCCUCUUUGGCCAGGUGCUGCGGGGCAUGAGUGCCGGGGCCCGCGUCUUCGAGUUCAUGUCCCUGACCCCAGAGACGCCCCUCUGCGAGAGGGAAGAAUUGGCCUGCAGCAUGCUCACUGGGCGCCUCGAGUUCCAGGACGUCACCUUCAGCUACCCCACGCGGAAGAACUUCCCGGUGCUGAAAAACUUCAACCUCACCAUCCCGGCCAACAAGACGGUGGCCAUUGUGGGGCAGUCAGGAGGAGGGAAGUCGACCGUGGCGGCCCUGCUGGAGCGCUUCUACGAGCCCACGGAAGGUGCCAUCUUCCUGGACGGGAGGGACAUCUGCACUCUGGACCCCUCCUGGCUCCGCGGCGAGAUCAUCGGCUUCAUUAACCAGGAGCCCGUCCUGUUCAGCACAAGCAUCCUGGAGAACAUCCGCUUCGGCAGGCCGUGCGCCUCGGAGGCCGAGAUCCACGCUGCCGCCCGCCUUGCCAACGCCGACGGGUUCAUCCGCAGCUUCCCUGACGGAUACAACACCGUCGUGGGGGAGCGGGGAGUGACCUUGUCCGGAGGGCAGAAGCAGCGGGUGGCCAUUGCCCGGGCCCUCAUCAAGAACCCCAAAAUACUGAUCCUCGACGAGGCCACCAGCGCCCUGGACGCCGAGUCGGAGCACAUAGUGCAGGAGGCACUUGACCGGGCAGUGGCCGGCCGCACGGUGCUGGUCAUUGCCCAUCGGCUGAGCACCGUGAAGGACGCCGACCUCAUUGUGGUGCUUUCCAAGGGCCAGGUGGCGGAGGCUGGGACGCACGCCGAGCUCCUGAGGAAAGGCGGCCUCUACGCGGAGCUGAUCCGGCGCCAAACCAAGGACGGCGUCUGAAGCAGGAAAAGCAGCUUGGAACCCAGAGGGAGGGGAGCGUUGCCCCUCAGUUGCACCUUCUUGCAGCCGGCCUCCGCUGCAUCCUCAUGCACCCCCCCUUGCACCCCUGUUGUUUUGGGUUGGGGGGGGGGAGGGCAAAAGAGGCUCUGGGCCCGUUGCCCUGGAGUCCGGCAUUGGGGAUUUUUUGCCCCAGGAAACUCUGCCUCGGAAAAAGAUGUAUGGAGUUCUAGCUGGUGUUUCUCCAAUACAACAGUUUUGUAUUUGGA